AUGUCAGACUACAAUGAUGUGUCUCAGGAAACCCUCAAGGCAGUGGCCGAGUAUCAUGAGCACACUCGGGGUGGAUUCCUUCCUCUCCCUAUCCCCAUAGUGAAGGCCCAAGACUACAAACUAUGGGACUCCGACGGAAAAGAGUACCUUGAUUUUUUGUCUAUGUUUGCUGUUGUGAAUAUGGGCCACUCUCAUCCCAAGAUCGUUAGUGCCAUGGUGAAGGCAAUCCAAGAUCGGGCCUUGGUGAAUACGGCAUUUGUAAGUCCAAGCUAUGCGGCUCUCGCUGCUAAGAUCCACCAAAUAUUUGGGUAUAAUAGAUGCGUCGCUAUGCUAAGUGGAGCAGAUGCAACAGAUACUGCAACAAAAAUUGCCCGGAAAUGGGGCUAUAAAGUGAAGGGUAUCACAGCCGGAAAAGCAUUCGUUUUGACAACUUCCAGCUGCUAUCAUGGAUUGACGAUAUCGACACACUCCUUCACGUCCUCCAAAGACGAAAACUUUGGACCUUUUGUCCCAUUCGUUGGGUAUAUUAGUCCAUCUGGAAUUCCCGUUGAAUAUGGUGAUCUCACGAGUUUGGAGAAAGCUCUUGAAAAGGACCACGAGACUAUCGCUGCUUUCAUGGUGGAACCUAUCCAAGGCGCAGCCGGAAUCAUCGACCCUCCAGAGGGAUAUUUCAAGGCAGCUUUCAGUCUUUGCAAGAAGUUCAACGUUUUAUUUAUUGCGGAUGAAGUUCAGACCGGAUUGGGUAGAGCUGGAUAUGUUUUGAAGAGUUGGUCGUCAGGAGUCCAGCCAGAUUUAGUGUGUCUCGGGAAAGCCAUAGCUGGUGGAAUGACUCCAUUAUCAAUAGUCAUGGGGAACAAUUCUGUAAUGGACCUCAUUGAAAAGGGGGACAUUGGGUCUACGUUUGGAGCCACUCCUCCCGCUACUGAAUCAGCAUUGGCUGCUCUGAGUGUUCUUAUAGACGAGGAUUUAGCUACGAGGUCUCUGGAGCUGGGCAAGCUCAUGAGGAAGCUGGUACAGGAUCAGAAUUUGCCUCAGAUUGAAACUCUCACCGGAGAGGGCUUGCUGUGUGCUGCAGUUUUAAAAAAUCCUUCCGAAAGAUUCAAUGCCAGAAGACUAGCCGCUUUGUGCGCAACAAAGGGGUUGGUCAUAGGACCUAUUGCAAAUUCCAGAGUGCGUCUUUGCCCGCCAUUGACUAUCAAAGAGUACGAUUUAAGACGGGCAGUUGAGAUUUUUGCCCAAAGCUGCCGCGAAUUGGAGUCGAUUGACGGUCCGAUCAUUGGGAUACCAUGA